GACCGAGUUGUUAUUGUCUUUUUAUGUGUGUGUGUGUGUUUGAUAUUCGAUUAUUUUGUUCUGAUCGUUACGUUUUUUUUCCUCAAAAACCUCGAAGUAUAAUUUAAAUUAUCAAUCAAACAAAAAGGAUGGCUAAUUUACUUCGUACUGUUUACGUUCGACGAGCAAUGAUGAUGAAUCCAACAUUGUUCAAGUAUACAGCAAUGCGUGCAUUAUCGGCUGCACCGGCAGCAAAACCAAAUCCACAUGGUUGGAAAUCCUGGAAAGAGAUACCCGAUUCAGCAUUACCACCAUGUCCAGAUCCAACAAAUCCAUUGUAUGAAUUGGAUCAAUAUAAAAAUAUUCAAAAGAAACGUAUCUGGUAUCAGAUGAAUCCACAUAUUCCAAUCUAUUUGCGUGAAGGAACCAAGGAUAAAAUUGUUGUUUCACUUUAUGCUUUUAUGUUGUUUUCAUUGUUAUCAUAUGAAUAUUAUCUGAUUAUUACAAAAGUUGCCGUCUAAAAAAACAGAAGAAUUGUCUAUGAUUGGAAACAAAACAACAACAAAAAUAGGCAAAAGAAAAUUUUGUAGUCAAAAUUGUAUUUUCAUUAUUCAAAAUGAUUGAUUGAUAAAAAUUUAAUGAAUAAAAAAAAUUAUCGAUAAUUAAAAUUGAUUUUAAUUAACAA